CGACUGAGUGGAGAAGAAACAGAAAAAUCAACGUAUUAGGUAACGUAGGAUGGGAGUGGUGAUAAUCGACGGAACGACGGUGAAGGACUUCGUGAGCGACGAGGUGCAGUUCAAGAAGAGCGUGGACGAGCGUUUUGCUGCUCUAGAUCUUAACAACGAUGGCGUUCUGUCCCGGUCUGAGUUGCGAAAAGCGUUCGAGUCUAUGAGAUUGAUCGAGACCCACUUCGGCAUGGACGUGGCAACCUCGCCUGAUGAGCUGACGCAGCUCUACAAUUCCAUAUUCGAUAAGUUCGACUGCGACCAGAGCGGGACGGUGGAUCUGGACGAGUUCAGGGAGGAGAUGAAGAAGAUUUUGCUGGCCAUCGCCGACGGGCUUGGCUCUUGCCCUAUACAGAUGGCUCUCGAGGACCAGAGCUUUCUCAAGCAGGCUGCAGAUCUCGAGGCUUCCAAGACAUCGUCCUCAGUUUCACACACCUAGCUGCCUACUUCCUUCAAUCCCUAUCUUGUUUCUUGUUGGCUUUUUAUUUUUUUAUUUUUAUUUUUUUAUUUUUUUUAUUGAACGGAAUAAAAUGUUGUAUCACUUGUAUGUAAUGCGAAUAUCCCGAUUAGAUAUAAAUCUACAACAUCA